AUGAUUGAUGAGGUUGAAGAUGUUAGAAUUCCAUCGUACCAGACCUUCGAAUCACUUUCACUUGUUAAAAGUCAACGUGAAGAUAGUCACCUAGGUCAAGGUCGUGUUAUGUAUUUUGGGGAAGACCUUAUUCAUUCAGUUCCCUUAGUGGCAUCGAAAAGAUCCAAGAAAAUACCUCGUAGUUCUGAAUCAUCAAGGGUUCAUGGAUUUUCAUCGCCUGAUUCAUCCUGGGCAUCUCCUGAUACAUCGGAAUCUGGUGUAAUUAACUCAGCAAAAAACAACCAGUCCUUGCAGCCGCCUUCUGCCUUCUUUACUGAUGAAAUGACACCAGAGUUUGCAUUUACUCAAUACCAGCGGCGGUCGGAAGACCAAGCCUGCCAGGUCUGUGGGCAACCUUCUGUUGGAUUUCACCACCGCGCCUAUGUUUGUGAGGCGUGCAAGAAGUUUUUCACUCGCCAUCUGACUAAUCGGAUUAAGAAGGACAAGUCGACCAAUGGAGAAGGCGAAUCCGCGAAGGCUUCUACUCAGAGAGUCGAAAUUUAUCCGGAUCUGAACGUUGUUUGCCCGAUGGGUGGUAAUUGCAAAAUUGAGGGACCUGGCCGGGGCAAAUGUCCACAUUGUCGCUUUCGAAAAUGUCUUGAUCUUGGCAUGAGUCUCACGCCCCCAGGUGGAGAGAUCGGUUGUGACGUCUCCAAGAUUCCAUGUAGAGUGUGUGGUGGGCCCUCCUCCGGUUUUCACUUUGGUGCCCUGACCUGUGAGGGCUGCAAGGGUUUUUUCCGACGAACGGUCCAUUCAAACAGCAUCCCACAAUGCUUGGGCAACCAGACUUGUCGCAUCACGCCCUCUAAUCGCAAUAUGUGCAAGAGUUGUCGCUUUAAAAAGUGCCUCGAGGUGGGAAUGUCUCAAAAACGGAGUCGCGUUGGUCGACAGCCGAAUGCUAUAAAAUACUACUGCGUACGAGAGAUCUCUCAGCGAGAGCUGAAUGGCAGACUUCCGUCCCCGGCUGGCUCGUCGCCAUCAAGGGGACCUUCGACUCAAAAUAACCAUGUUGGAGAUCCUGCGCCGUCUUCUCCGAGGCGGCGUCAGACCGCGCUCCCACUAGCAACUGCUGGUGCUCUUAAAAGAUCUCUCAGCACCCUUGAGGCGGUCGAUGUGGCAGUGGUACCAACGGCCACCGCCACGGCCUCAGCAGCAGGUUCGGUAUCAUUGACAGUCGACUUAGUUAACGCUACUGACGGAGAGGGAACCAGGAGUCGAGCGUCUACUCUCAGUGCCUCCUCGGGCGUUUCAUCCUCUAGCGUAGCCUUUCAGAACCCUCUGGAUGCUCAACAGACCUCUCCCGUCGUUUCAUCUGCCUCCUCCCUUAAGAGACUUAAGGUUGAGGAUGCUCAAGAAUACGAUGCUGGGACAGACAUGGUCGGCAGCAGUUUUUGUCAGCAACUUGCUUCUGUAUCUGUUGCAAGUUCGCUUGCUAAUCAUUUUCUUCUAAAUCCCCAAUUCGCGAGUGGAAGCUGUUCCUCUCAGCUCCAUCACUCUCAGCCCACUCCAACUGCGGAGUUUUUAAGCCAAUUAGCAAAGCAUCAUCCUACAAUGGUGGCAGCGGCGGCAGCAAGUCUCCUUUGGGGCAAUCCGCCCAAUGGACCCGUGUUCGAGUCUGAGCACAUCCAAACCGCGGGGCUCCCAUCAACUCAACUCUCGUGCUACUCCUCUUCCCCCAGAUUCCAUUCUCAUCAGCACCCUGCACCGUCGCCGGCCCUUUCGACUACUUUUCAACCUGUUGACAUGGUGGUGCAUCAGCCAGAUCCGUCCGGAUGCGUGCCUUCGUGCCUUGGACCCCCAGUGGCAGUUGCUAAGCCGCACGACCAGCCGGGGAACCAGUGUCUCCAUGAUGAUGUUAUUCGAGAGGGUUCUGAGGCCGCCUCGUCCCUGGAGGAGAGCAUUCGAACGAAUGUGUUUGUAACUCUUGCGGAGUUUACUCAGGGAAUCGAACGAGCCACUGAUUUUCUGCGAUCUGAACGCAUGCGGUUAAAACGGAUACGGAACGAUCCCCAGCCCAGAUUCACCAACUUUGAUACCAUUGAACGAGUCUGGUCCCAAAUGAUGCGGCAGUUCGUUUCACACACCAGAAUGGUCGUUGAUUUCUCGAAACUCAUCGCGGGUUUCAAUCGGCUGGGCAUCAAUGACAGAAGACAAUUGAUUCGCGCCGCCAUGUAUCCCAUUAUGCUGAUAGAACUGAGUAGGGACUUUCAGAACAAUGGCAGUCUCUCCUACAACUAUUUUGAUUUUCUGUGCGAUGUGUCAUCCACCUUGGCCGGAUUAUUGGACAUCGGCCAAGCCCAUUUUGCGGCUACUGCACGCCGACUGUCGCGCAAUGCCAAUCGGGCAGCGGGUAGCAAGCAGCGAACAAUGCAAACUGCUAUCUUGUCCUCUUCCCUUUCCAAAGUACCACUCUUAAACAAAAACGAAUUGGAAGAUCCAGCCUCUUGUGAGCACCUCUUCCUUCUGUCCAUGCAAGCACUGGUGAACCAUGAACAUCUGAAAUCAAAAUCGGAUGCAGCAAGCGAACGUUUGACAACAUUUACGCAACUCUUGCCAAUGCUGAAUCAGUUGAAUAUAGAACAUCAUGAAGUGUUGAGCCAAAUUCGUCUGCGAUACCCUCACCUCGUCUUCCCUGAGCUCUAUGUCGAGAUGUUCGCCAUUGGGACCGAUAAGCCACCGCACUUCUUUCAGAACGAUUCCAACGGGAAUGACUUGUGA